GGCGGAGAGAAGCUGAGGAGGGACGCCACGGCACCGCAGGCACACCGGCGAGGCUACGGCUACAGCGGGUCUUUGCACAGGACGAUACACGUCAAGAGCACAGGACACUCCCGGGGGUCCCCCCCGAUAGCCGUAGAAGAGGAGGUGGAAGGAAGGGGAGGGGGCAGUUACUCUCAAACUACCGUGAGGAUUACAGAGAGCCGCCGCCACAGCAGCUUUCUCCCAGAAGUUCACCUAGAGAAGACGCCAUGCUGAUGUCCUGAGCUGAGGGAGCCACGAUUAUAUCCUCAAGCCGUCAGUCGUCUCCAUUUGUUAUUCUAUACCUGGUCCUCUCUCCAUCAGUCACCGAGCUCCAACAGCAUCCACCGUCACCUCCUGUCCAGCCUGCCGUCACCAUGACGUCGGAGCUGGAGAGUAGCCUGACCUCCAUGGAUUGGCUUCCUCAGCUGACCAUGCAGGCGGCCAUCCGCAAAGCGGACGCCCAGAAUGCCCACGGGCCUGGCAUGGGCAAGAAAAGUACCCUACUGGAUCCUAACACCACGCUGGACCAGGAGGAGGUGCAGCAGCACAAGGAUGGCAAGCCGCCCUACAGUUACGCCAGCCUCAUCACGUUUGCUAUCAACAGCUCGCCAAAGAAGAAGAUGACACUGAGCGAGAUCUAUCAGUGGAUCUGUGAUAACUUUCCUUACUACAGGGAGGCGGGCAGUGGCUGGAAGAACUCAAUACGGCACAAUCUGUCAUUGAACAAGUGUUUUCUCAAAGUGCCUCGCUCCAAAGAUGACCCAGGAAAGGGCUCUUACUGGGCCAUCGACACCAACCCAAAGGAGGACGCCUUGCCCACACGGCCAAAGAAGAGGCCGCGGUCUGGAGAGCGGGCUUCAACGCCGUACAGCCUGGAGUCGGAGUCUUUGGGGAUGGAGUGUAUGAUCUCUGGAAGUGCCUCUCCAACGCUGGCAAUCAACACUGUGACUAACAAGGUGGCGUUGUAUAACACAGACCAGGAAGGGAGCGAUAGUCCGAGAAGCAGCCUUAACAACAGCCUGUCUGAUCAGAGUCUGGCCUCCGUCAAUCUCAACAGCGUGGGCAGCGUGCACAGCUAUACACCGGUGACCAGUCACCCAGAACCCGUGUCCCAGUCUAUGAGCCUCCAGCAACCACCCCAGUCCCAGUACAACAUGCCAGACCGGGACAAGCAGCUCCUGUUCUCUGAAUUUGAAGAUCUCAGUGCCUCCUUCCGCAGCCUUUACAAGUCUGUUUUUGAGCAGUCCUUCAGCCAACAAGGUCUGAUGGGAAUACCGUCAGAAUCCUCCCAGCAGACCCACACCUCCUGCUCCUAUCAGCACUCCCCCAGUGGCACCAUUAGCACUCAGAACAGCCUGUCAAACAACCAACCCAACAGCCACCCCAACAGCCACUCUGCCAACAGUGGCCAGGUGCCCCUGUCUCAUCCUGCCCAAGCCCACCCUGGCCACGGCUCACCCCACGCACAGCACCUCCCGCAGCACGGUGGCCCCCACAACCAACACAACCAACACAGCCAACACGCCCAGCACAGCCAACACAGUCAGCACCAACAGCACCCACAGCACUCCCAGCACCCGCAGCACGCUGCACACCCCCAGCACGGGCAGCACCCAUCGCAGCACCCAUCCCACGGCCAGCUCCCACAGCAGCACACACCACACCCCUCCCAACACACGCAGCACAGCCAGCACCCUUCUCAACACGGACAGCAGCAUCAGAGCCUCUCCCUCCAGCCCCAUCCUACCCAGCAACAGAUGGCCUGCAACACAGGUUUACUGUCUGACUGGUACCCAAAUCUGGAUGCACUGAAAGAAAGCUGUCGUAUUGCUAGCAGCUAUAACUGGGCUGAUGUCGACCUUUCACCUUUCCAAGGAUUGAGAGAAAGUAUGAGACAAGCAGAGUUGAACAACUGGUCCCUGGAGCCCACCCAGAUAGCGGACCUCUGCUCGUCCAUCAACCAGUUUUUUGCCCGCACUGGUGUAAUCCAGCCACAAGGGGCAGUGCAGUCUCCUGUUUGUCAUGGCUCCAUGCACCCCAACAAACCCAGCCAGCACCUCAACACAGGAAAUCUCUACAUGGACUCAAGACAGAGCAUGUCCAUGAUGGGUCCUCCAGGAUAUCCCCACAUGCCCCCCAUGAGCAGCGCAGGACCCACCAUGACAGGACACCAUGCACAGAUGAACCAGCAGCACAUGAUAGCUACCAGAAACUUCCAGAUGCAUCGUAUGCCUGCCGACGACAUCCAGGAUGACUUUGAUUGGGACUCCAUUGUUUAGCCCCCUAGACGUCCUUUUGCAAAGAGAAGGGAGCGAGGAGAGGAGGUGGAAGCCAGAGGAAGCCAGGCUGAGCUGAAAGGCCACAGGAGGAGGAGGAGGAGGAGGAGGAGGCCACUAUGGGUGGGAUGCAGAAGAACAUUUGACAAGCUUUGGAGAGAGACAGACUUCAGAGUCCUGACAUUUUUACAAAAGCAAAACAUAACUAGAAAAUGUUACUUUGAAGACAAUCAUAUUUAGUCGGACAUGUUAAAGUGAUUGCUUAUGUACUUGUCUAGAGACAAGUAGAACACAUUCACAUUUAAACCACAUGCUCCUCAGCCGCCCUCUCCCCAUCCCUAGCCAGCAGCCUUCCAAAGUCUGAAACCCUCUCCCCCUCCGCCCCCCUGCUCCGUAACUGUUAUGUGAUUUGAGCGACGUGUUCAGCUUGUAAUUCUUCUCGUGUUGACAUUGGCCUCAGCUGCCUCGUGGAUGAGUUAAUCUCUCUUUUUAACAUUUUUUUUGUUUGUUUGUUUUUAUUUUUGUUCUUAAGAAACACAGGCCGUCUCUGUGAGUAAUGUGAUGGUGCUCGAUGGUCACUUUUGGGAGAAAGUGGGCCCCACUGUGGCUGAAUUGGUGGUAAAGUUAGGUUUACAAUAACAGUGGUAUUGAACAGGGUGUUAAAUGUUUAAGCAGGAUUGAUAUUAAACAAACUGGGGGAGAGAGAGAGAGAGAGGGAGAGAGGGAGAGAGAAAACAUCACAGAAAGCAUCGUAGCCAACCAAUGUGAUCAGGCAACAGACUUGUUAUGGGAGUACAGCAACUUUUCUUUUUUCGUAGUUCUCUGUCUCAAGCACUUAAAGAUGAGUGAAUUUGAUGAGUGUGAGUGGAGGUGAUAGUAAGGAAGUCAGAUUUUUUUUUUUGUCUUUUUAAACUAAUUCAACCCAAAGUAACCUACGGUUUGUUCUCUGUGUGCAUCAUGUAGGUUGGUAUUUGCUCCACCAAUCAGACGCUGUUAAAGACUUGAAAAGUUCACAUUUUCAAGCACGUUUUAAGGGCAAAAGUUAAUUAUUUUUUACAUUAGCAGCCUAUUAAUAAUUGGAGGAAUGACUUAACAUUUAGGAAAUAUGCUUAUUUGCCUUCUUUCCACGAGUGAUAUAAUAAGAUUGAUACCACUGUCAUUAUGCAUGAGUAUGGAGGUGAUUAGCCUAGCUUAGCAUGAAGAUUGGAAGCAGGAAAAAGCAGCUAGCCUGUUCAAAAAUGCAUCUACCAGCACUACAUUUGUGGAGGGAUUGAAUAAAUUAGGUAGUUGUUAAUUAGUGAGGUGCUGGAAGAUGUACUUUUGAACUUUUGACCGAGUCGGGCUAGCGGUUUCCCUACUGCUUCCAAUUUUUAUGCUAAGCUAAUCGCCUCCCGGCUACAUAGUCAAAGGGGAACUCGGAAGUCUGUUUACAGGUCUUGAGGAGUACUAUUGCAUAUGUGAAAAGGUAAUAAAAAGUGUCUUGUGAUCCAGAGGGAGGCGUGAGCUUACCAGUGGUUCAAGGCUACAUUAGCAUCUUUUAGAAUAAGAACCCAAAUCUGUGGACUAGGCACCAGGUUUUAACAAGAGAGAUACAUGAAACAAACAAUAUAUUCCUGCAUCCAUUUUGGUCCUCCUUUUAUUUACUCUCAAUUAUUAGUACUUUUUAAAAAACAUUCGAAAAGAAAGUGUAUAAGCAUAUUUUCCAAAGUGUUGAACUGUUCCUUUAAACAUAACAUCAUCAUCAUCAUCAUCAUCAUCAUCACUCAAAAACAACUAAAUAAAACCAGUCUUAUUCAUAUGUAUUGUUCCAGUUAAUCAGGUUUGGUUGUAUUAAAUGAUUGCACCUCUAAUUGUGUGCUAAACAUGAACGUUUUUGACAUUUAUAGUACUGUAACAGUAACAAAAAGUAAAAUGUAAAGAACAUUUGAGAGGUGGAGAUUUCAAGUCUCUAAGACAGUUCAUACUGACCUCUCAACAAGCAAAACUAUGGUAGGAAAGCCUUUUAACUGUCCUCAGACUUUGAUUUAAUAAUCAUCAAUAGGAUAUUUAUCAGAUGUUGAACUUUCCCUUUCAAAGACGUAAAAAUGCAAGUAUGUUUCUUUGGUAUGUAGAAUCCAAAUGUCUGCCUUUUUCCGCCUACUAUACUGCGUUUCAAUGCUUCAGUCAGUGUUUAAUGUCACUUCUGACAUUUAAAUUAUGGAGAUAUGAUUAUUGUUUAACUGCCCAAUGUUUUGUUGUGAUAGAAGAUUUGCUAUUACACAAUCAUAACAGAAUGAGAAAUGUGAUUCAUUAUAAAGUACAUACUGUGUGUGUGUGUGUGUGUGUGUGUGUGUGUGUGUGUGUGUGUGUGUGUGUGUGUGUGUGUGUGUGUGUGUGUGUGUGUGUGUGUGUGUGUGUGUGUGUGUGUGUGUGUGUGUGUGUGUGUGUGUGUGUGUCAUAUGGUGAGUGAGUGUGUCUGUGUGUUUUGGUUUUAUUGUAAUUUUAGGGCUAUGAUUGAUUGCUGCAACCAUCUCUAUGCUAUCUAUGAGCACAAAAGCAGAUGCACACAGUGAUUAAAGACUAGAUUUGAAACGUGUUUUUGUGGGAAGGGUUUCUCAAGCACAGAACAGGGAGAUUGUCUGUUCUGUAAACCCGUCCUCUGUGUCCUGCAACAAGUGGCUCCUCAAUCAGACAGCUGCUGAACUUUAGAGACACUAUGCUUAAAGAAAAAAGAAAAAGCCCCAAUGCACACUUACAUUUUUUGUUGAUAUUUUAAAAAUGCAAAGCACCUCCUGGAUGUAGAAAGCUAAUCCCUCACGUACUCACACAUUUGUUCAUUCUUUCACUCAUAGUUAGACUAUCUGACCCCUAGUGGCAAUUAUGAGGCAUUGUCAGCUGUUGACAGUGACCGGAAUUAUUUCUCCUCUCUGCAAUACUGCUUAACUGUGUUUGAUGCUUUGCAUCCAUGACACUGUGUCCUUGUUUAGAAGAGUAGUUAAAAAUGGGAUUGAGGAAAUGUGCUAUUUCUGUCUUGGGGAAAGUUAGAUGAGAAAAUUGAUUCUUGUGUCUGCAUGGUAAAUAUGAAGCUACAGUCAGCAGUUGCUUUGCUUAGCUAUGUAUAAAGAGGGAAGAAGGAAGCAGCUUGCCUGGCUACAACUUGAUGGUGUAGAGGUGCUGUUGGAGGAUGUUUUUACUUUCAGAUUGCACUAAACUAGCUCGUUCACCAUUAUUUCCAGUCUUUAUGCUAAGCUAAGCUAACUAGCUGCUGGCUAUAGCUUCAUAUUUAACAGAUAAGAGAGUGGUAUCUAUCUUCUUAUGUAACUCUGUAAGAAAGUGAAUAAGCAUAUUUUCCAAAAUAUUGAACUAUUCCUUUAAAACAAUUUAGCUACUAGGAGCUACAGUGGCGACUGUAAUUUUGAUUUGAUAUUGAUGACAAUCAUGGAUUCUUUUUUAUGACAAUGCAUAAUGUCUUUGUUAUUGUGAGAAAAGGCACUUUCAAGUCUCACAUGAUUGUUUAUUGGACAUUACAGAACUAUACGUUUGAACACACAGUUAUUUGAGACUAGAAGCAGUCCAGUUUGUCCAGAGCUGGCACAGUGCACCUCUAGACACUGAAGUCAAGUUCUCGCUUUCAACCGUUCAUACUGCCUUUAAGUUGUUUUGUUUUUUUUCAGCUCAUGCUUUUGUUAUGUUUUUCCUUGCCAAUUAUACCUGUCAACUGCCUCUUCUCUCUGCUAUUUUUUUUAUUUUUUUUUGUCUUUGUGUCACAAAUGUCCGCUGUAUGUAGAAAAUUGCCUUUCCUGUGGAUCUCAACUUUUACAAGUUUUCUUCAAACUGCCAGAAUUUCAUAAUUAGUGCUCAGACAGAAUACUUAGUCAGUUGAGUGACCCAAAUGAUUUGAGAUGCUCAUCUAUAAGCAAGUGUGACUCUUUUUUUAGGUGAGUGUGGGCCAAAGGACUGCAGCUGAAGACGGCAGUGAAAAAGAUAAUCAAUAUGUAUUCAUUCUAUGGACCUACAAUAGAGUGUUUCGGUUCUUCCAGGUGAAGAUUGUGAACAUGCAAGCUACUCUUUGAGCACAUCAGGCCAAGGGGAAAAACAUUGAAACAAUUUGAGCAAACAGAUGUGGCUUAAGAGGGGGGAGGGGGGGGGGGGGGGAGGUGAAGACAAUGACUGGAUCACAAUCACAAUUUUACAUUACAUCUGUAUGUGUGUGUGUGUGUGUGUGUGUGUGUGUGUGUGUGUGUGUGUGCGCGUGUGUGCGCGCGUGCGUGCGUGUGUAUUUGUGUGUUUGCUUGUGUGAGUUUUCAGUUCUUUUUAAAAAGACAAUUAAGUUUUCAAGUACCGCUGGACAUGUACCUGCCAGAGAGAUUACUAUUAUUGGGGGAAAAAAAGAUGAAAAGAUAAAAAAAAGCCUUGUUACAAUAUGGGAGAGAACUGCCAACAAGUACUGCUGAUUGGGGCCUAUUUUAUCCAGUGCUGGUGUGUCGUUGUGCUUGUACAUAUAUGUCUUUUCAAUCAUCCCUUUUUUCCUCUUGGGGGUGGGGGUAUCAAGGCAGGGGGUGGGUCUUGCUCAUGAGAGAGAAGAGGGAAAAGAAUAGAGUAUUUUGUUAUUGUCCAAUCAGAGGGUGACAGUAUGUAUAUAUCUAUAUUGUAUAUAUGUGAUGAAAAUGCAUUGGCUUUUUGUGUGACACUACCUUUUACCUGUACUAUGGUUCUACAUUCAGUGUUUCAGUGUUGAUAAUAUAUAUUUGGUUUGUGUUUAAUUUUUCUGUUUUUUUGAUUUUGUCUUUGUCAUUUCUUGUAUUUUUUUCUCCUAUUUGUCCUUUUUCGUUUAUUGCACGGUUUAUUACUUUUGUUGUCCAAUGAGGUGACACAGCUACUCUUUGUAUUCGUUUAGUGCUGUAAAAUAACUCAAGUGUUAUUAGAAUUGUCGAUACCACCGCCCACCCCACCCCCUUCCCCAAUAUGCAUGAAUGGCACUUAAAGAAAUAAAAUAUGGUAACUUCACUGUGGAAUAA